CACUCGCGCAACGCCUUUCAACUUCCCUGGGAGCCACGGCAGAAGACUCUCGCGAGACUUGAGGGUUUGUUUGUUUGUUUGUUUUUUCUCCACCCCCACCCCCCAGGGGUGGUUGGCAACUGCGGGGAGUGGGCGGGCAGAAAAGAAGGCAGUAAAAAGGGUGUAGGCGCAGCCCAAAAGCCAAAAGCUCGUAGGGGCAGAACGAAACCGUCCACCGUGAGCCCCGCCUCUCUCGACCGCCCUCCCGCGUGACCCAGCUUUUACAUAACCGCGGUUUCGUUGCGUCACCUACGGCGUCUGUCCGGUCGGCCCAAUCGGAACGUCCCAAGCCGCCGGACUCCGCCUCUCCUAUUGGGAUGGACGUCGGGUCCGGCCAAUGAGCGGGCGGGAAACGUCACCGCGCCCGCCCCGCCCCUCCCCGCUGGUGCCGCCGCCGCCUGCGGUGGCUACAGGUUGAGGCUGAAUCUGUCAGGGGGGAAGCGAAGCCCGAGGCGAGGCGAGCUCGGAGCGCGGCCAGAGGCUGAGGCCCGGAGCGGGACAUGGCGGCGCUCUACGCCUGCACCAAAUGCCACCAGCGCUUCCCCUUCGAGGCGCUGUCCCAGGGGCAGCAGCUGUGCAAGGAAUGUCGUAUUGCCCAUCCUAUGGUUAAAUGCACCUACUGUCGGACUGAAUUCCAGCAGGAAAGUAAGACCAAUACGAUAUGCAAGAAAUGUGCUCAGAAUGUAAAGUUGUACGGAACACCCAAGCCUUGUCAGUAUUGCAACAUUAUUGCAGCAUUUAUUGGCAAUAAAUGUCAGCGCUGUACAAACUCAGAGAAGAAGUAUGGACCACCAUACUCUUGUGAACAGUGCAAACAACAGUGUGCCUUUGACAGGAAAGAUGACAGGAAGAAGGUGGAUGGGAAGUUGCUGUGUUGGCUGUGUACGUUAUCGUACAAACGCGUCCUCCAGAAAACCAGAGAGCAGCGGAAGCACCUGAGCAGCUCGUCCCGAGCAGGCCACCAAGAGAAGGAGCAGUACAGCCGGCUGAGCGCCGGGAGCCAUUUUAACAGCCAAAAAACACUGUCUACAUCUUCAAUUCAGAAUGAAAUUCCAAAGAAGAAACCUAAGUUUGAUGCUAUCACAGCUAAUGGAGACAGCGUUCCUUCCUCUUACGAGCUGCUUUGUCCUAAUAUCCAGAGUGCCCCGUCCGUGUUGGUGCAGUGGGCUGCUUCCCAACAGAGUCUUGGUGCCAACCAUUAUCCUGUUCCUCCAGGCACUGGCAUCCUGAACUUUUCACCAGACUUGGCCCUGGACUCUCCAGGCACUGAUCACUUUGUUAUCAUUGCCCAGCUGAAGGAAGAGGUGGCCACGCUUAAGAAGAUGCUUCAUCAGAAGGAUCAGAUGAUCCUAGAAAAAGAGAAGAAGAUUACUGAAUUGAAAGCUGAUCUGCAGUACCAGGAGUCUCAGAUGAGAGCCAAGAUGAAUCAGAUGGAGAAGACCCACAAAGAAGUAACGGAGCAGUUACAGGCCAAAAACCGAGAGCUUUUGAAGCAAGCAGCAGCUUUGUCAAAGGGCAAAAAGUCUGAGAAGUCGGGAGCAAUGACUUCUCCAUGAAAAAUGGCCUGGGAACUUUUUGAACAGCAGCAACAUGGAGUCUUGGGCUGGCCUGGAGCCAUGGCUGUGCUGGGAGCUGCAAGCUUCCCUGGGAAUCUCCUUUUUGUGACACUCAUCCCUCUUUAUACUCUGGCUAUGGGCAGGGUGGAAAUACCUGGUGUGUUGCAUUAGGAUCGCAUGCUGGUGGGUGUCAUGGUUAAGUGGAUAUCUCUAAUUUUUUGUACUGCUUUUUGUUUUGUUUUGUUUUAUAGUGGUAACUGCUCAUUGUUUUGUGCAGAAGGAAUUAUUUUCCCCACCCCUGCAUCCUUCAGUUCCCAUGAGCAAAUAGUUUGGCUUUGGAUAAAUAUUAUCACUGCCACCUUUCGAACUCAGAAGCUGCCACCCUAACAGGACUUAACACAAUGGAGGUUUCCACUCUCCAUUAAAAUUGCUGCUUCAGGGGAUACUUUUUUUUCCCAGGUAUUCUAUGAACUUUGUACUAUAUAUAGACAGAGGUUUAUUUAUUUAAAAAACAAAAAACGAAACCCUUUUUCUUGAGAAAGGGAAAUACUCAGACCAGCUAGUUCUCUUUGUGACAAAGCUGUGAUAACUAUUGGAAAAACCACCCCAAUCUCCAUUUAGGCUACAGAAAAGGAUGCCAAUUUCAUCUGGUUUAAUACCUAGUUGUUAUAUAAUGUUGAUGGUUAAGGUGAAUGAAACAGUCAGAUUGAGAAGUGUGGCAUUAGGUGCUUUUUUUUUGUUUAGGACCCCUUGAGAAAAGGGCAUCUAAGGAGACAUUUUGGGAGGGAACAGGGAUUUAAAAAGUCUGUCUUAUUAGAUAAUGGCAGAAAGUUUUGUCCAGGUUGUACUGGACAUCCUCACUUUCCUAAUCAUUUUAUGUAAUUAAUUUUGAACUCUUUCACACUGCCACUUACUUGCUUUUUAAAUCCCUUUCUUUUGCAACACCAGUUGUCAGAUCAUGUCAUUGCCAAGGAACAUUCUGAAUUGGAAAAGCUGCAAAUAAUGCAUGUCUUCAAAUGAGACAAGCAUCUCAGGAUGGGCUGUUUGAGUCAUAAGGAAGCACUGAGAGAGAGAGAGUGUGUGUGUGUGUGUGUGUGUGCGUGUGUGAGAGAGUGUGACAGAGAGAGAGACACCAUCCUCAAGUAUUGAUGGAAAUAAAAUGGAAGGAUGUGUGUCUUAGAUAUAGUCCAUCCUUGGUGUGUUGUCCAGGAUAACUCAGUGGCUUAUCUUCAGUAGGUCAUGCACUUUGGGUUAUGUUGUUCCAUAGUGGGGAUGGAUUUGCAGUUCCAUUUGCAUACGGGUAAUAAGGCCUACCUUUGUUACCUUUGAAAGAAAGCUGCCUGGGAUUAGGGUUUUCAGUGUGGGCCAUGAAACAUGGUAAGUAACUGUAGGUUACCCAUUGCCUUGACCUCAUCAAUCCAUCAGGGUACAAUCAAUAGAAUCAGAUGCCAGGCUGGAAUUUGAAGUAACAACAAUGGAGGGAGGGGUAGGUGUGUGGGGGGAUGUGUGUGUGUAUACACUCACAAGAAAUGAAUGAUUCUAGAUAUGAGUUCAGCCUCCUUGCAUUUCUUAGAAACAGAGUAUUACAGUUAAGAAUAGGGCAUACUGGUGGCUUAAUAUUAUAGCUAUUUCCAGGUCUGUUGACAUCUCAGAAAUCUCACAGAUAGAUUAACGAAAUUGGAAAAAAACAGGUCUGGAAGUGGAUCUCUUUGCCUUAUGUCGGAAGAGUAUAAAUAAACUAUGUAUGUUGUCCAUGCAUUGCUGUCAUUUGAAAUGCUAAAUUCCCUUCCAAACAAGGGAGACCAGCAGUACCAGUUAGUUUUGUAUGCUUUUGAAUCAGAACCUUUGAAUAAAGAAGGUCAGACAAUACUUUUCAGGUAUAUUUGCUCUGAGUUUAAAGAAAAGGUUGAAAAAAUGUGAUACUGUUUUUAAACCUUAGAAAUUGAGAAAUUGUUACAUCAAGUGUGAUACUAUAAAAUUACGGGCUUAGUUUUGUACUAAAUCUUUUUUAAAAGGUUUGACAUUUAAUAUGAAGCAAAUUCACACAUUUUCUAACUUUCCUUAGAUUUCAAAAGGGAGGGAGGGGGCCCCUGGAUUUUUGGUUUUUAAAAUCAUGAUGCUGUUUUAUCAUGAAAUUGAAUAGGUGACUUUUAGUAACACCAUUGUUUCUUUGUAUGUUUGUAAUAAUGGAAAUUUCAAAAUGCAGGAAUGUUUUGGUUUGUACAGACUUUGACAGAUGUAAGAGUGUAAAAAUUCAUAUUGACUGAAAUACAGUUUUUUUUUUCUAUUCA